AUGGCUUCGAAGUUGAUGAUUCCUCCCCCUGAAAAAGACUUCGAAGUAUGGGCAACUUUCAUAACUGAGAAUGUUGGGCAAAACGAUGUCUUUAUUUUGCAGUUGCCCCCUCUUAAGAAGUUGGUUGCUGAUUAUUAUAAUAAUAAAUCAUUGAGUGGCAAGCUUCAAAACGUUUCAAAUCGAUUUAUUGGUGAGAUCUUACCUACAAUUUGCAAGAAAAUCUUACAAAUUUCCAUCUGGAAAAAGUAUAACAUGAUUAUUACCGAAAUCUUGCAAGGUGUUUGCAAAAUCAUAUACAAAUACCAUGAAAAACUAUCAGAUGAACUAAUUUCGACUCUUAUUUCUAUCUUAUACCCCGGGUAUCCUUAUUAUUUUACCGCAAACGAGUUUACACAUGAAAAACUUGAUAAGUGGAUCAUUGUUGUAGGUUACUUAUUCGAUGAUCAAAGGGCUCUCGACCUAAUUGUCAACUUUUACGCGAAAAACACAAAUUUGUUAAAUUUCGAAAAUUGUUCAGUCAUUUUCACAGCUUUUCAGCGUUAUUUUGACAUAUACUCAUCACUUUACAGCAAGAACUACGAGAAAAUUCUAAAUUAUUAUAUCGAAAAUAUCAAAACUAUGAAAAGUACCGAGAACAACAGUUUCCAAGUAUCUUUAGAGUCAUUUUUACAAUGUAUCUGUUACAAAUCAUCACUUGCCAUUUUCAUUAUCCCAAAUUUACUCAAAUUGUCCACAGAACAGUUAAAAAGUGACAAAUUAGAGGAAAAUGUAAACGGCAUCAUCAUGGUUAAAGAGAUCAUUUGUAACAAGAAGAUUUUCAUGAUGGAUUUUGACGAAAAGAUCAAUUUCGUUAAAGGAUUGAUCAAACUUGAUCUUCACGAGAAAACAUUGAUUUAUUUGAGCCAAAUCAUUACAACACUUGCUAAAUACUUCACUUCAUGUUCUGAUUUAGAUACACAAUGUAAAUAUGAUAUAUGGCAAAUCAUUGAAAUUCUUUGGGAAAAAACAAAAACAGUUCAUUUUAGUUUACAAUCAAAAUACACUGAAAUUUUAGGAAAAACGUUUGCAAUUGUUGGAGAAACGAAAACAAAGACAUGGAUAGAAAGAUUAGAAGAUAAUCCAUUGAUAGUUAAUGUAUUAACUUAUUCAGCAAUUAACAUCAACAAACCAGAUGAUUUUUUGGAUAUGAUUUUGACACAAAAACAACACAUGAAAAAUGUUGUUGUUGAAUUGACAUCGAAUUUAGUUAAAAAAAUACAAAAUAACAUUGCAAUUAAAACAGCAAAUAUGUUUUCCAUUGAUCCAUGUGUUGAAUACGCACAGAUAUUGAUACAUACAUUUAAUACUUGUCAUGAAUCAGCGACAACAUCUAUUUUGGAACAAAUUUCGGAUACAAUUAAUAAAAUUAAUGAUGAAAUUCCAAUCUAUGAUUUGAUAUUUACUAUUUUAGUAUCUAUGGAGAAACCUCUUGAUGUAACAAUAUUAAACAAGUUCUUACAAGAAGAGCCGAAAUCAGAAUUUUGGGAAUUUUUAAAUAAACUUCUUGAAAAAAAUGGAAAAAGUUCUUUAUCUGAUGAAAGUUUUGCAAAAAUCAAGGAUUUCCUUGUAAACGACGGAUAUUUCAGUAAUACAAAGGAAUUCAUGGGAUUUCUUAAGAACAUUAUUAUUAUAAUAGGUAUAGAUAACAAAUUGAUUCUUAGUAAUGCAUUUGCAUCAAAAACAAUUCCUAAAAAGAUUGAAUUGAAAUCAUUUGACAUCCCUGGAAUGCAAAUUAUUUUCAAAGCCCUUGAUAAUGAUAAAAGUGAUCAAUCUCCUGCUUUUGAUACUUUGUUGUUCUUCUUAGAUAAUUGUUCUGUUAGAAUAAUCAAAGAAGUUUGUGAUAAACUUCUAAUUUUGUUGAAAGAAUCUCCUGAAUCUCGAAAAAUUGUUUAUUUCAAAUUGAUACAAAUCUUCAUUGAUAAAUAUGAAGAAAAUGAUAAUUUGUUUUCAGAAAAAACUUAUAGACAUGGAGAUAUUUUACUUCCAUGUUCAAAUAAUUAUAAGGUAAAUCUUAAAUACAAUGAAACAUUGUAUCCUUUAGUUUUGUCACAAGAAGAACUUAAAUACAAAACAGCUUAUUUAUUGGAUAAAUUUAGUGCUUAUUAUCCAAUUGAUUUCGAAAAAAAUAGUAAUGUUAAAAUUAAUUCAUUAACUAUGAAUCCUGCAAAUUUAUUGUUGGAUUACAUCUCAAAAAAUGAUGUCAUAGUAACAGUUGAUUCUUUGAAAAUUCAUGAUUAUAACUUUGUUUCUUCCGAUGAAGUUCCUUCAAUUAUUUUCUUCGAAAAGAAUUUGACAAGUUUCAUCAAAGAUUUUUUACAUAAUAAUUCAAAUCUUUCAAAAAGUGACAAAUUGACACUUAAAGGAUUAUUACAAAAACUACCUGAUGAUGAAGAAUACAGAGGAUUGUUAGUAACAUAUCCUGAUGUUUUAAUGACAUAUUUUAGUUCAGAAACAAGUCAAAUUUUGGCGGAAUAUAUUUUAGAAAUUUUGUCAUUCAGAGUUUUGAAAGAAAACAUCAGAGAUAGAUUUGUAAGCAUUGAUGGCAUCAAAAUAUUGUUUGAUAAGAUAAAUGAACCUGAUUUCAAGUCAAUUUUAGCUAAAGCAUUUUCUAUUUUGUCAAACAUGCCGGAAAAUGAAUUAGUAACGUACACAGAACAAAUCUUUGAUUUGAUAGCAACAAACAUCGUGAAUAUAAAACAAGAAAACAGAGAUAUUGCUAUUGUUUUAAUUUGUAAGUUGGAUUUAUCAAAAAUUGAAUCAAAAUUUUUAGAAAACAAUAAUAUUCUUAAUAAUAUUUUUGAAAAAUGUCCAUUUAACUAUCAUCUAAAAUUAAGUACUUACAUUUCUAAAUUCACGUGUAAUGAAGAAUUAAUAAAUUACAGCAAAAUGAGGAUAAAAGAAAGUCAGAAACCAUAUUUUUAUUAUCCAAUAUAUUCGAUGAGUUGUUCAUUAUCUAAAAAUGAUUCAGAUGCAAUUGAAUGUUACGAGAUGUUGAUGAAUGAAAUCAAUUCUGCAAAACAUUAUUCCAUAUAUUCAUUGCAAUUUGUAUUAGAAAAGGUUCUCAAGAUAAGUAAUAAUCCAGAAGAUGUCAUCAAAAGAUGUUUUGAAACAACAAAAUUAUGUGAUGAUGAAAAAACAAUGAUUAAGAUAUUUAAUCGAUUAAAAAACAUUUCGGACAAAGAAACACUUAAAAAAUGUGCUGAUGAAUUCGUUUCCGAAUUGUUAAUGAAUAGCUAUGAAUUCACAAAUAAAACUAGAUCAAUUUAUGGUACAGGAUUGAAGAAUUUAGGUGCAACAUGUUACAUGAAUUCAACUAUUCAACAAUUAUUUGGUUUGGCACCUUUUUUGGAACGGUUUUUACAAGAAAAAUAUGAAGAAGAUAAUUCUAUGUAUGAUUUACAACUAUUGUUUAGUAGUUUGUUGUUGACAAGGCGUCCUUUCUCUAAUCCAAAGUCAUUCGCAUCGAAAUGGAAAGGCUGGGGAAAUAAAACAAUAAAAUUUGGAGAAGAACAAGAUGCAAGUGAAUUUCUGAGUAUGUUAUUGGAUGGAUUUACUGAUGAUGUUAAAGAAAUGUUCACUGGACAGUUCUUUAACGAGUUUAAAUCGGAAGAAAAUGAAGUUGUUUCUAAAAAUUUCGAAAGUUUUCGGUUGUUUUCCGUUGAUGUCUCGAGAAACACAAAUUUAAUUGACUCUUUCAACGAAAUGAAAACUCCUGAACACUUCGAAAACUAUAAAUUAGAAAACGGUAGAGAAAUUCCUGUCAACAAAUUCACAAAAAUUCAAAAGGCUCCGACGGUUUUAAUCGUUCAUUUACGACGGUUAGUUUACGACUACACAAAAAUGCAAAGACAGAAGAUUAACAACAAAUUCAUAUUCCCUGAUGAUUUGGAUAUCGCUGACUUUGUUGUUGAAAACGAAGAUUGUAAAUAUGACUUGAAAGGUGUGAUUUGUCACAAAGGAACAGCAGAAAGUGGUCAUUAUUUCUCUUUUUGUAAGAAAAGUGACAAAAAAGAUUACAUCAAAUACGAUGACAUGGAAGUAACUAAAGAAGACAAGAACAGCUUCCAUUCUAGUGCGGAUGGAACAGGAAAAGGUGAAACAAGUUCCGCUUAUAUCUUAUUUUAUACAAAAAAGAAAUUUGAAAAAGAUUUCUUUGACACAAAAAGUGACAUUUGUAAAUUUGUUCCAGAAAUUUUUGUUGAAGAGAUUAAGAAGGAUAAUUCAUUAUUCUUGUCAUCGCAACUUGCAUUCUCUAAGCCAUUGUUUGAUUUGGUUCUUCAUUUAUGUGAUUUGAAAAUUUUCAUGAAAUAUUUAUGUGAAAUUUUUGUUAAAUCAAAUUUCGAAGAAUUUAUUCCAGCUUUAGACAACAAAAUUGGUAGUUUGAACGAAGAAGAGAUUGAUCAAAUGGGAGAAGUAAUGGCAGACGAAAUCCAAAACAUCGCAAGAAUAAUUACUUCUCCUUCUGAUGAAAAAAUUCCUCAAUUCAUCAGGAAAAUUUUGAAAUUCGUAAUUGAAGAAUCAACUUUACAAAAUUCUUUGAAAAUUUUCAGUCAAAUUGUUGAUAUUUUCUCUAAAUGCGUGAGUGCGUGGUAUUCAUACCAAUCUAUUGGUCUUUUACUACAUAGUUACACUCAGAAAGGAAGAAAAUACAUUUUAGCUCUUGAUGAUGAAACGAUUUCUAAAUUGUUAAAUUCUAUUUUGAUGAUAUAUGAAAAUGAUCAUCCGGAAAGCAUCUUGAAGAGUAUUGAUAUAAGUGAAAUUCUUAGUGCAAUGACAGAUAUAUGUUCAUUUAAAGUUAAAAGAGAAUUUUCUCAAUUACUAGACCUGGAAAACAAAAUUAAAUCAGGAUCAAACACUCAGAAAAUUGUUUUCCAGCGUCUUAAAAAGAUUUUAAUACAGAAUCAAGAGAAAAUACAAGAAGAAUUCAAUGUUUAUGACUUGAAAACUGAUUCUGAAUUAAUUUCGUUGUUUUCAAAUGAAAAUUCAAUGCAAAGAAUCACUUAUACAUUGUUGAUAGAUCUUUCAAACAAAGAAACAUUUGAUAAAGCGAAAGAAUACUUCUAUGAUCAUUUAGAACCAUUUAUUAAGUAUUUAAACCAAAAAAGAAGUGAUAAUAUCAAAAAUUAUAGUCAGAGAAUCUUCCAACGUUUAUUCCCUAAUUAUAGUAAUAAUUAUUUCAAUCCUGUUCCAUGUGAUAAUUUAGAAAAUAAUGAUGAAGCCGCAAAAAUCAUUAAAACUAUUGUAAAAGUUGCGAAAAAAUCAAUUUCGGAACUUUUAUUCAUUGUUUUGUUUUGGUUAGUUGUUUCUUCAAAUAACUAUGAUUUCGAUUUCUUCUCGAUUUUAAUGAUGAUUAUUACAUCACUAGAAAAUGACAAAAAAUUCGAAUUUUGUCUCCAAUUUGCAAUGAAACUUAUUGAGCAAAACAAAUUCGAUAAAGAAAGAGUUAUUAAAUUCAGGAAUGACAUUAAUAAUUUGGCACUUUCAACUCAGUGUGGACAAAAGAUAAAUCCAAUGUUAGUUUGUCUUUGUUUGUUUUUCGAACCAGAAGAAUUAAUUGUUUAUUUGAAGAAUUACAAAUCGAAGAUUAUAAAUGGAAUCUUUAACAUGAUUUCCAAGCAAAACAUUUACUCUGAUAUCAGCUACAAAUUGAUUUUGUUGUUUAUAGAUUUGAAAGAAAAUCAUGGUUUUGAUGAUAGUGAUUUCAUGAAAAAAUUAUUUGCACAAAAUGUUACAACAAUUGAUCAUUUAACAAGAUCAUAUCCUCUUUUUGAUAAAGUAGCCGCAAUUACAGGUAAUUUGUAUUUAGCACAAACACUAAUUAAAUAUGUCAAUGGUUUGUUGUCGAAAUCAAAUGCUGUUGAAUGUGUUUGCAAAAUAUUUGAUUUCAUUCGUCCUCCUCUUCAUCCGAAAGAUGUUUUCCCAUCUAAUUCAUAUGAUUUCAUGGCCAAAUUAAAUGAUGCUAUUCCUGCAAUACAGAUCAGUUUCUGUGAUAUGAUUGCAAGUUUCUGCAUCGCAAACAAACCAACAUUUCUUCAUACAAUGAAAGAAAAAUCGAACCAAUACAAACUUAACUUUUUGAAGUGCAGACUUGCGUUGAUUGAAGAAAAUGAAGUUGCUUUACUUGAUUCAAUAAAGACAGAUAACGCUAAAUUGAAGAUUCAAAUUUUGAGUCAUUGCGUUGAUGAAUUUAAAGAUUCAUGGCUUCAAAUGAUUGGUAUAGAAUUACUUUACCUUGCAACAUUCGAACCACAAGAAUGUUCUUUGUUUUGGUCGAGAGUUAUCGAUAGUUUAGGUGAUGAAUGGCCUAAAGCAGUUGAUAAUUUAGUUAAUCGACUUAAACGAAAAGGAAUGAAUGAGAUCUCCCCUGAUCAAUACAAUUUGAUGAAACUGUUGAUUUCUAAAUACGAAAUUACAUAUGAUCAAAUUUUCGACAUCCUUCAAAAGAAUGGAAUAUCAGAAUUAGAAAUUAAUUCAAUCGAAUCGUUAUUGAAAAAUUGCAUGAAAUGA